CCCGUACCGCGUGUUAAAAGGCGACGGGUUUCAGCUGCGAACGUAGAAAAAGAAAAUCAGAAGCUUAAAAGUCAAGUGGAAAGUUUGACGAGAGAACUAAAUGGAAAAAAGGCUUUGAUUGAAGAUUUACAGCAACAGCUGUCAAAGACUCAAACAGAACUUGAAAAAAAUGCUGCGAACAACAGUCAGCAACUCAAUGCAAUGAAGAAAGCACUCGAAGGCCAAACUUUUAGUUAUGAAGCACUUAUGAGAUACCCAGAUAGAAUUUACUAUAUGACAGGAUUAUCACUUUCCGAAUUAGAUUGUCUAUAUGAAUGUUUGGAGCCUUUCUUGCACACAAUUGUUUAUCCUGAUUGUAACAAUGACGACUCGUCCUAUCUUAGAAAGCUGGACACAAAGACAGAACUUAUCAGUUUCUUGACAAUUUGUAGACAUGCAUUGGACCUUGGUGUUAUUGCAUGGAUGACUGGUUCAAGUAUAUCAACUAUGAGUAGAAUUUUUGUAGGAUGGUGUGUAUUCCUGAGCACCAUUUUUGAGUCUAUUGACCUGACCCCAUUACCUGGAUUUUUGAAUGACUAUAUGCCAAAAUGUUUUAUGGAGUCAGGAUAUGGUGAUACUGCUCUCAUAGGGGAUGCAACUGAAAUUUGGAUCUCCCAAUCAGAGAACUUUGAUAUUAAUAAUAUUACAUUCUCGAACUACAAGAACCACACCACAGGGAAGAUAUGUUUGUGGACCCUUCCUCCUGGUUUUUUACUCAAAUGUACCGAUGCAUUUCCUGGCAGCAUUAGUGAUGCUGACAUAACAGAGCAAUCAUGUGUGCUAGAUACAGUCACAAAAGGGAAGACAGUUAUGACUGACAAGGGCUUUAAUAUCACAGAUAUUUGUCAUGAGAAAGGCCUGUUACACAAUAGACCUCCAAUGAAAUUUUCUCAUCAAUUCGAUGAGACUGAGGUAGUAAAGAACUUUGACAUUGCAACAUUGAGGAUCUACAUUGAAAACUACAUAGGAAGAAUCAGAGAUUGGCAAAUUCUAAGCAAAACUUGGCCAAGCUCAAGAAUUGAUUUACUUGGUUGCUGUUUCCAAAUAUUUGCACAUAUUGUUAAUAUGUUAAAAAAACCAGUUGGACCAAAAUAA